AAAGGCACUGGCAGUCGUCGUUUGAGAUGAUCAUCCAAGAAACACUCACAGCAAUCAGCCAAAUCCUACAAUUACCUCCUUGUUCUCGUCCCAAUAGAAUUACUACCUCACCUCCUUGACUCCUUACAAACUCAAACUAACACAAUAUGUCCGACCUCACCUACCUCAUCACCGGUGCCAAUCGAGGCAUCGGUCUUGGCCUCGUAGCCCACUAUUUAUCGCUCUCAAACACCACCGUCAUUGCUACAGCUCGAAACGUUGACUCGGCUUCCAAACUUACCAGCCUGAAGCACCAUGCCAGCAGCCGUCUCAUUACCAUCCAGCUGGACAAUCUCGACCCCUCUUCCAUCGUCUCAGCUAUCUCCAAACUGGGCCCGAAGUACGGUAUCACCGCCAUUGACGUCGUGAUCGCGAACGCCGGGCUGGGUUCCUUCUGGGGUACCGCACUCAACACGCCGCUCGAAGAAUUCAGCAAGCAUUUGGCCGUCAACGCAACCGGCACACUCGCGCUCUUCCAAGCCGUCUAUCCGCUACUCGAGAAGAGUACCGCCAAAGAGCCAAAGUUCAUCCCGAUUGGAACUCCAGUGGGCGGCAUCUCCGAAAUUGAGAACUACCCGCUCGGAAGCACAGCGUACGGUUCGAGCAAGGCUGCGCUGAACUUUUUGACUCGCAAGAUCCAUUUCGAGCACGAGAAGCUCUGUGUAUUCCCGUUGGCUCCUGGAUGGGUCCAGACGGAUAUGGGCCAAGGCGCGGCCGAGUCCGUGGGUAUGGAGGCUGCGCCUACGACUAUAGACGAAUCUGUUGCAGGGUUAUCCAAGACGAUUGACAACGCGACGAGAGCGACUUUGGGCGGCGUGUUUGCGUCGUACGAUGGAAAGGUCUAUGGCUGGUAA